AUGCACACCACGAGCAUUCGACAAAUGCGCAUGGAAGACUUGCAAGGGAUGCAAGCAUGCAAUCUGUUUAACCUUCCCGAGAACUACACUCUCAGAUAUUACCUUUAUCAUGCCCUGACUUGGCCGUCUCUUUCCUACGUUGCAGAGGCAAGGAAUCUUAUAUACUGGCAGGAUCACAAGGGGCGAAUAGUUGGCUAUAUCCUCGCAAAAAUGGAUGAAGAAACGCCGGAAGGCGGUGAGCCUCACGGGCAUGUGACGAGUAUCUCAGUUCUGCGUAGCUAUCGCCGUCUGGGAAUAGCCAAAAAAUUGAUGCUACAGUCUCAAUUUGGUCUGUUUGAAUUCAUCCCGCCAAUAAUACCCCCAACUCAUAUGUCCAAAGCCAUGGCAUCGGUAUAUCGCGCGUCGUGUGUGUCGUUGCAUGUUCGGAAGUCUAAUCGAGCGGCCUUGUCUCUCUAUCGGGACACGUUGGGUUUUUCCGUUCAAGAUGUCGAAAAGAAAUAUUAUGCAGACGGCGAGGACGCAUAUUCAAUGAGGCUAUCGUUACAAGUCUAG